AUUUUCUUGACAAUGACUACCAUUAAAGAAUAUGCGCAAAAAUAUAAUGAGCUUUCGAAUAGUAACGAAUUCACACAAAUACCUUUAAUAAAAAAUGAAUGGAAUAUUUUAAGGGACAGCGCAGAGAUAAACACGUAUAUGCCCUCAGAGAACUGUGUCAAUAUCACAACCGGAAUUACGAAUUUUAAGACAGAGGCAGUAAAAAACUUCAACUCGGUUGAUUUAAGCCAAAGUAUCACCAAUAAACGUGGUCAUGUAUUAAACACAGGUGGAUCAGUAUGGGCUCUUGAGUUUGUUCCUAAAAAGGCUUGCUUAGAUCAUGAUCAUACACAAUAUUUAGCUGUAGGUGGUUACAACUCAGUAACUGAGCAUCACACCUUCGCAGAGAGCCCGCAUUGUCGUAACGCUAUUCAAAUAUGGCAAUGUACAUCCGACACAAAUUCUUCUUUAAAACCGCAGUUAGAUAUGUGCAUUUUACACGAUUUCGGAGUAGUUGUAGAUUUUAAAUGGUGCCCUUCAAGUGUCUAUGACGAAGCGGAUAAACUUGGAAUUAUGACGGUUCUAUUCGGAGAUGGUCAAGUUCGAGUGUUUGUUGUGCCGCAUCCCAAUCUAGUACGCGAACAAAACAAUAUACCAUUAGAAGAGACCGUAUACAUCCUAGCAAAAUCCCCGAGGCUUUUACUGAAAUUACCAAGGGCUUACAACAUGUGCAUAGCUUGGGGAGGAUACGACAGGUUGGCAUGUGGUACGAAACUAGGGGGUAUAAUUGUAUGGGACAUACUGAAGUCUCUCAAAUCCCAAGUACCUAUUGUCAGUGUUAAUAUCUGCAAUGCUAGUUUACUGGCAAUAAAAUGUCUUUCGUGGAUAUCUUUGCUUAACCGAGAUAUCCUCAUUUCUUCAGAUUCAGACGGCAAUAUUAACCUACAUGAUAUGAACGAUCCAUUCAUAGUAUCAAAAAUCUUUAGAGUGCGAUGUACGUAUAUCUGUAUAGCAGGUACAGGGCACGGAUCAAGGUUCUGUUUUGGUGAUACGGACGGCAUAUCUAGAAUAAACUUAACUUUUCAACAAAAGAAAUCGGUCACAUUAACUGCGCACAAUUGUCUGAUUUGGUCUAUUGCAACAAGUCCAUUUCAUGGUAUUGCUGCUACAGCAGCAUCAGAUGGCACUCUUAUGGUCAAACCUUACUCGAGUGAGAAAAUUAAAUUCAAUCCGAAACACAAGUUGAAUAUUCUAGAAUAUACAUUAUAUAAACUAAUAUUUGAUAACGACACUCAAACAUUUCGAUAUGUCGAUGGAUUGCUACCCAAGACAAAAUUACCUGAGCAAUUGUAUCAUAAUAUACUCACAGACCCCAUCGUUUCGAUCCAUAAGGUAAUAUUUAUGCACAAUGAUGAUACCAAAUAUUAAGACUACAACAUAGGUUGCGUGGAACAACAAUAAUAAUGCCAGUGGGUGGGUUGCGUCUGGUGGAAAAGCCGGGCUCUGCAGAUUAGAAU